AUGGCGUCGCGUCUGGCAAAGGGCGCAUUGAGCGCCGCUCGCGUUCGCCCAACCCUCCCUAUCCGCACCGCUCUGCCCGCCAUCACCACCUUUGCGACCUCGACUCCCCGUUUCGAGAGCUCUGCUCCACAGAAGGACCCAAAGAGCGCGGCUCAGGGCAUCCUCGAUGCUCUGCCAGGAAACAGCAUCGCUUCCAAGACCGCCAUCCUCUCUGCCGGAGCCGGUCUCUCGGUUGCAGCUAUCAGCAAUGAGCUCUACGUCGUCAACGAGGAGUCUAUCGUCAUGCUGUCUCUCUUGACCAUCUACUGGGCGGUCUACACAUAUGCCGGCCCAAUGUACAGCGAGUGGGCGCAGGGCCAGCACGACAAGAUCAAGGGCAUUUUGAACGCGGCACGGGACGACCACACCAACGCCGUCAAGGCCCGCAUUGACAAUGUCAAGGACCUCAGUGGCGUAAUUGAGAUCACCAAGGACCUCUUUGCUGUUUCCAAGGAAACCGCCCACCUCGAGGCUCAGGCCUACGAGCUCCAGCAGAAGACUGAGCUGGCCGCUGAGGCUAAGGCUGUUCUUGACUCGUGGGUGCGCUACGAAGGCCAGGUCAAGGCCCGACAACAGAAGGAGCUCGCUGAUUCCGUUAUUGCCAAGAUUGAGAAGCAGCUCCAGGACCCCAAGGUGCUAGACCAGAUCCUCAAGCAGAGCGUCCAGGAUGUUGAGCGCAUUGUUUCUCAAAAGUCAUAG